AUGCCGGAUCUUUUCACUCAACAAGUGAUCAUUAACUGCUGGUCAGUUUCUGCCAACGAUCCCAACCUCUCUAAGCGGAAGAACAAGUCCCAGAGCCCUCUACAAAUCAGUGCCAUACUCUGCGGCAGAGACUACGGCCUCAUUUCCAAAAAUAUAGUAGAGAAGCUUUUGGGUACAAGUGAGAAGCAUACUUCUGGGCUCCCUUCCGUGGUAGAAAUCUCCUGGACCUUAUCUGGUUCUGAGCAGGACUUGGAGACGAGCCAGGUUCGUGUCAUUCCUGGGCUAGAGCAAGACCUCGUACUUGGUGAUAAUACCGAGGAAUUGUAUCAGAGUGUCCACCUUACUCCCCCAUCACAUUCCCAGGGAUCUAAACCAGAAGAGCAUGGGCCAAGUACUUCUUGUCCAGAAGCCCUGCCCUUCCAAUUCAACACCUCGGAAGACUUUAAGAGUCAAGGCAUCAUCCCCAAGAAUCAACAAUCUCAAGAAAUUCUCAAGCAGCUAUUGGGUCGCUGCCGCACAAGAGCCCAAAGCCCUCUCCCCCACCACAAAACCGUAGCUUCAGAGCCAAAACAACCCGAAGGACCAUCAAAAAUUAGCAUUGACUCUUUGUGCGGAUCUUUUGAUAUCUCCUCCAACACAUCUGAUUCAGAUGGGAAAUGGAUCAUGCCGCCCAGCGACAAAUUGCACAGAGAGAGGACUUCCUCGCUGCAGCCUUCGGAUACUGAUAGUCUGGUCGACCCCAGUGAAGACGUUGCCUGGGAAGUAUCAACUGAAGCAUCUCAAGCUCUUUCUCAAAGUUUCCAAUUCCAUGGUUGGUCUCUGGUAGACACGGCCUCAGCAGAUACCCAUCCAAGUACCCCUGAAUGGGUGGAAGACCAGAACAUUACCCAUGAGUCUCAGAACGAUGAUUUCGCCACGCACCCAGGCCACCGUUUCUGGGAAUGGGACGUCGAGAGGCAGCUUUGGCGUCGAAAGGGUCAAAACGGGUCGGACGAGAGAGAUUGGUUUGAAAUCAUUCAAUAA